AUGCGUAUGAGGCCCUUCUUCAGCAAGAAGUACCGAUGCUGUCAAUGUGGUAGCGGCGGGGAUGUGGCCGACUCUAAGUCAGAGACGUCCGACGAGGAGUCAUGCGAGGAUGACGCUGAUGUGUCUGACGAGGAGCCAGGCGAGAAUGAUUCCGAUGAGUCCGACCAAUACUACGCCCCUCUCUACGUGCUGUACUAUGAUGAUCUUUGGGACCUUAUCCAGGAUUUAUGCGAGGUGUAUUUUGGAAACUACGAGGAGGACUACGAGGACGAGGACGAGGAGUUCGAUGAGACCAGCGAGAGCGACGAGACUGACGAGACCGACGACCCCGACGAGGAUGACCCCGAGAUGACCGGCACUAAGAUCAAGCGAACUGCGCACAACCCGGACCGAGCUGGUAGGUGUCCAAAUCAAUUAUGUAGGCAUAGGUGGUGUCAUAAGUGUCCUAUCAUUCGCGAGGAUUCGUCGGAGAAAGUGCUUGAGAAGGCGAAGAAGGGUAAGAAGAGGCUUCAUAACUGA